AAGAAGAAAGUCAAGCAAAAUCAAAGCCACAGGAGAGUGACAAACUGAACUCCCUCAGCAUUCCUUCAGUUUCAAAGCGGGUGGUGCUGGGUGAUUCAGUCAGUGCAGCAACAGCUGACCAGCCCAGUGGUGUGGCUGAAGUAAAGGUUACCCAGCUGGGAGACAAAUUGGACUCCUUCGUUAAAUCAUCGGAGUGCAGUGGUAAUGAUGUUGAGCUCCGGCAGUGGAACAGAGGUGACCUGACAGCAGAUGGCACCCAGAGGGGCUCUCACCAUGGCUUAGAACAGUACCUUUCCCGAUUUGAAGAAGCAAUGAAGCUCCGGAAACAGCUCAUCAGUGAGAAGCCCAGCCAGGAAGAUGGAAGUGCCACAGAGGAAUUUGACUCUUUUCGAAUAUUUAGAUUGGUGGGAUGUGCUCUUCUUGCUCUUGGCGUCAGAGCUUUUGUUUGCAAGUAUUUGUCUAUAUUUGCUCCAUUUCUUACUUUACAACUUGCGUACAUGGGACUAUACAAAUAUUUUCCCAAGGGUGAAAAGAAGAUAAAGACAACAGUGCUAACAGCUGCACUUUUGCUAUCUGGAAUUCCUGCAGAAGUGAUUAAUCGAUCAAUGGAUACCUAUAGCAAAAUGGGAGAAGUCUUCACAGAUCUCUGUGUCUACUUCUUCACUUUUAUUUUUUGUCAUGAACUGCUUGAUUAUUGGGGCUCUGAAGUACCGUGAAACCUGAAGAACUCAGAAAGAGACGUUUAUAAAGUAGAAAUCAAUUUCUCUUCUAUAUUGUGAUGUCCCUAAUGGAAGCAAAUUGGUUUACACCUUCAUGUAAUUCUUUUACUUUACAGAGGUUAUAAAACCAAUUUAUUAGGUUCCCUGAUUUAAAAGGGUUGAAUUUGUAUUAGGACUGAAUAGAGCAACAGUGUCCUCAAUGGUUUUUGUUUUGUUUAAUUAAAAACCCAAGUCUUAAAUGUUUCCCCUAACUUCUGAGAUUUGUAAUUCCUCUUAGAGGGAUUGAGUUAGUGCUUUUAGGGGAGUAGAUAGACAUGAUUCAGCCAGCCUGAAGGACUGCACCUUGUAUUUGUGUCAUUCUGUCCUGAGAAAUGAAACCAUCAUAAAAAUAAAAUGAAAGGAAUUGUCUUAUGUUAAGUCUGCACAUCUUAACACAAGGGGUGAAGGAGGUAUCCAGCUUUAUUUUUCCUUGAACUAAUAUCUUGAUUUUUUUCUCUAUCACAGAUAUUUAAAUAAAUGCUUAAAGUUCA